CUCAUACCAGGGUGUUCAUUUCUGAAGGCGACGUUCUCAAGGCGAGACGUGUAGCCGGUUGGAUUAAACAAUAUUUGUCGUUCAGUGGUGAAUUGCGUUUUAGCCGUGUCAAUGUAGCGCACCUGUGAUGUCGCCUUAAUCAGCCAGUGGCGGGUUAUCAAACGAAAGGUAAUUGGCGUAAUUGACAUUUAAAGGGGAACUCAUUAGGGUCAAUGAAGCUGGAGAUGCCUUUUUGACCCUGGUUAUCCGCACACCUUUUUAAGCUUAAAACACGUUAGGUAGCCACAAAUGACUUACAAGAGAGAGAGCUCAUCUUUUCGGAAAGGGACCUGAAGACACAGAUCGCAGCAACACCGAAGCUUUCACUGGAUCUUACCCUUUAUCUUGCAAGGACGUCACGUGAUCUCCCGCUAUGGCUGAGGGCAUUAAAGAACUGCAAGUUGAACAGAUAUGUGCUAAGAUUAAGCAAGAACUGUACCAGCAGCUACAAACCAACACAGGGUACCUGUUCCAACUGAAGCAGCUACAAAUACAGGGGAAAUAUGAGGCAGCAGCUCCGGUUGAGGACACCAUCUCCAGGAAUUCCACCAUGCCAAAAAUGGUCAAAGAUAUCAUUAAUGAACUUGGCGAAACAAAUAUGGAAAUUUCCGAGCUGAUCGGUAACCUCCCUGCCGGCCUCAGAGAUUCAGUGUACUCGUGCAGCAGUGGUAUAUCUAGUUUGCCGGAUAAUCCAGAUGAAGACUUGACUGAGGCCGUGCAGGAGGAGGGCAACGGAGAUGUAGGGCCGGUGCCGAUGCGACCAGCGAGUGAAUACUUCAUGGAACGGCAGGGAACAGCCUCCCAAACCCCACGCCGGGGAAGGGGAACACGACAGGUUGUGGAUGACACGGAGGAAGAGCCCUCUCCCCAGUCCACCACACUGCAAGAUCGGGUCUAGAUACAAACAGAAGUUUGUAUAUUUUCAAACACACCCCACACCCCACAUCCGCCUAUGAUUAUCCACAUGCUUCGGCUAUGCUUUGUCAACAAACGAGUGCGCUGAAAAUACGUUCAUAACUAACAUGAAAUAUUCAGCUGAAAUGUGCUAUCCUAUCAUAGUGCCUUCACUGAUCUUCACCGCUGGUUUGUAUGCAUGGUGGCUGUUUCGCAACAUAAUUAUGCCUUUGUGUUUCUCGGGAUAAUUAAGACCGGUUAUUCCAUGUACAUAGAUUGUUUUAUAGAUCACCAAGCCAUGCAAUAAAAUUACCGUUUUUA